AUGAUAAUUCUUUCAUUAAUCAAACUAGCAAACAGUUUACCACCAUGCGCGAGUCUUAAUAGAUGGUAUCUCGAUUGUAAUAUGUCAACCAGUAAAGAUCCAUUCGUUAUUACUUGCCCAAGUUCUGGAUAUUAUGAAUAUAGCUGCACUCCAGUAGUUGAAUGCGAAGGUGAAACUACUGUCAAACAGAAAGUCCUUUGCUACCCAACAGAUGGCAAAAGUCCUGCAAUUGCAUUAACAUUAUCAGUUGUUUUAGGUUUUCUUGGAGCAGAUCGAUUUUACCUUGGAUAUCCAACAAUUGGUAUUUUCAAAAUGUUUACUGGUGGAUUCUUUGGACUCGGAUGGUAUAUCGAUAUUUUCCUUAUCGCUUUAAGAAUUGCAAAACCAGCUCAAGGAAACGUAUACAGAUUUGAACCGAACGCUAACUUUAGAAUCCGUCUUCCAGGAGAAGUCUGGAUGUAA